AUGCCCGCGCACUCUCGCUCCUUCCGCUUCUCGCAUCACGAAGAGCAGAAGUUUGAUGCGUACGCUGUCUGCAACAGACCCGUCGACCUUACGUGGCUACUCAACGCUCCCACGCUUCCGGACACCAUCCCUGUCGACAGUGUCGAACUCGACUCGUAUCAGAACCUCAUUCUCCUCUUGCACUACGACCAGCCAAAUGCCAACGAGCAGUCUCCUCAUGGGAAUGGUGCCAAGGUCUUUCCUGUCCAACUCGAUCAUGCCGUCAAUCCCGGAAACGGUCUUACGAACGCACACGAGCAAGCACGCAGGGCGAUGAUCGACAUACCUUUCACGGAGAGCGAUCUGCCAGAUGGUGGCCCUGAUGACACGAUGGAGAUCGAGAUGAAGCUUUGCGGGGACUAUUUCUCGCUAUUCUUCCGUUACACAGUUAGCCAGCGAGUGGUUAUUUAUAGCUGGAAGACAGGUGAGAUGAUCGCGACCAUCGACAGUGACCGAGACCGCAGCGACACUCGAUUCUUGGAGACCCUUCAUCCAGGCGACGUUACACAAUUUGCCUGGUUCUCUCCUGAUGCGUUCGCAAUUCUUUCAACCGAGGCUCAUCUGGAUAAAGCGGACCGUGACCCGAAGUUCCCUAGCUUUGAGGACGCCCUGUAUCUCUAUCAGCUUUCUGGCGAAGGUCGAGCAUCCGGGGAAGAACCAGGGACAAUUUCUCGGAGCGUUGCUUUAGAGCUGCCUCGCUGGAGGUCAAGCUGGCGUCAUGAAGCGUGUCGCAAACUCCUCAAGUUCGUGACCAGCUCUUGGAACGAGGACGUAUAUCCCGGGUCAUUAUCUUUCAAUGCAACACAGCGCGUGACCGUCUUGAUGGAAGACUACGCGUACGAUGAGAAGCCCAUCUACAAUAUCCGCUACGUGCUCCGGAACGACCUGCUUGUGAACUUCCUCCUGCAAUCUUACGACGGACAGGAAUUGCGCUGGGAAUAUUGGGGCCCUACAAUCGGUGCAGCCGUCUUCGAGAAUCCUUCGAAUCUCAGCGACAUACAGGUGUGCGGUAUGAUGGUGCUUACUGUAUUGCGGGACGACGCUCGCAAUAUCACGCGGAUCGAAUCAAAUCACUUCAAUCCCCUCGACCACCCCGGACCUGGCGACCUUCUACUGGACCAGGCCCCAAUCACGCCGAAGGUCGAUAUAUUCGAACAAGGUCAGAUAUAUACUACAAUGGUGUAUCGCACCUUGACCUACACCCAUCCCGGAACUGCAACCCAAUUCCUCCUUCGUACUGGCUGCGUUUAUUCGUCUCUGGUUGGGAAAUGGGGACUCCCUCAGUCUAUCUGA